AUUACACCGCUUUGCAAAUAAAGAGACGCCCCAGGGGAGUUGCAAGCCGAGUGGAACUGCCUGCUUUGCAGGUGCAUCUGCGGCUUGGUAGGUGCGAACGUCUUUGUGCGACGGACAAAUGGGGAGAGGAGGAGGAGGAGGAGGAGGAAGAGGAGGAGGAGAAGGAGGUGGGCGCUGCUUUGGCGGCAGCGGCGGCGGCGGCGGCUGGUGCAACGUAAGAUCCACCUCAGCUCAACUCCGCUCACAUCCCAGCCGGCACUUCCUCACUUUCUCGAGUGGCUCGCCGCCACCCAACGUCCCUGCUUGACUGAGCCCUCCCCGGGGGCCGGCUUCCUGCUAGACUCGGGGGGGCUCCGUUUUCUGACCUCCCUUUCGCUCGCCAAGAGGGGACUGAAUGGUUACACCGCGCACGUUGACUCCAGGAUGUUAGGGACUGUGAAAAUGGAAGGGCACGACGCAAGCGAGUGGAACAGUUACUACGCCGAGACUCAGGAGGGCUAUUCGACGGUGCCAGUGAGCAACAUGAAUUCCGGCCUGGGCUCCAUGAAUUCCAUGAACAGCUACAUGAGCAUGAACGCCAUGACCACCAGCGGCAACAUGACCUCGGGCUCCUUCAACAUGUCCUAUGCCAACCCGAGCCUGGGGCCCGGCUUGAGCCCCGGUGGAACCGGAGCCAGCAUGAACGGUAUGUCAGCCAUGGGGUCGGCGCUGAGUCCCGGCGGCAUGAACGCCAUGGGCGGCCCGCAGGCUUCGCUGAACGGACUGGGCGCCUACGGGGCCAUGGGACCCUGCAUGAGCCCCAUGGGGUACGCCUCCUCCAACCUGAGCCGCGGCCGCGACGCCAAGAGCUUCAAGCGCAGCUACCCGCACGCCAAGCCGCCCUACUCCUACAUCUCGCUCAUCACCAUGGCCAUCCAGCAGGCGCCCAGCAAGAUGCUGACGCUGAGCGAGAUCUACCAGUGGAUCAUGGACCUCUUCCCUUACUACCGCCAGAACCAGCAGCGCUGGCAGAAUUCGAUCCGGCACUCGCUCUCCUUCAACGACUGCUUCGUCAAGGUCGCCCGCUCGCCGGACAAGCCGGGCAAAGGCUCUUACUGGACGCUGCACCCGGACUCGGGCAACAUGUUCGAGAACGGCUGCUACCUCCGGCGCCAGAAGCGCUUCAAGUGCGACAAGCAACCCGGGCCCAAGGGCGGAUCGGGCGGAGGCGAGGGAAGGAAAGACCCCGGCGGGGCCAGCUCUCCCUUGCACCGAGGCCAAGCCAAAGGAGGGCAGCUGGAGGCCGCCCCGUCCAGCCACGGCGCCGACAGCCCGCAAGCCCUGGACCAGAACGGGAACGGAGCCGAGCUGAAGCCCUCCGUGGUCGCGGCGGCUGCAGUGGCAGCCUCGGUCCCCUUGGCCUCCUUGAGUCACCCGGGCCACGCGCUGGGACCCCACGAGCCGCAGCUGCACCUCAAGGGCGACCCCCACUAUUCUUUCAACCACCCCUUCUCCAUCAACAACCUCAUGUCCUCCUCUGAACAGCAGCACAAGCUGGACUUCAAAGCCUACGAGCAAGCGCUGCAAUAUUCCUCCUACGGGGGCGGCCUGCCUGGCGGGUUGCCCCUCAGCAGCGCUUCCAUGGGCGGGAGGGGAGCCAUUGAGCCCUCGGCCCUGGAGCCCUCCUACUACCAAGGUGUGUAUUCCAGACCGGUGCUGAACACCUCUUAGCCGGCCGGGGGGGGGUCUGGAGGGUCAAGCGAGCGGAAUCCUCCCUCCCUCCCUCCCUUGUCUGGGUCUCUCUCCCCAAACCUCUGCUCAAACUGACCACCCGCUUCCCUCCGCCCGCCCCCCAGCCAGCCCGCGAUCCGUGCGAGGGAAAACGGAAAGGCAAACGAACCACACGACAUAAAGCGAAAGGACUACUGUCCCUUUAUUCUCGGGGCGGCUCGGAUAAUUGCUCGGCCGCCAGGGCGUCCCAUGUCUCCGGCUUCGGCUUGACCGGUCCAGCCCUCCUUAGACAAGCCCUGUAUAGACACCACCACCCUUGGCCACAGAAAGAAGCAAGCGAGGCUUCCAUUUUGAAACUCAUCGUUGGUUGCCUUUCCCCGCCUUUUCCUCUUCGAAGCAAUCUCGCCAAAAUUGGGUGGGGGGGGUGAUUUUCAAAAGAAAAAAGGCGAAGCUCGACCCAAGGCAGCCCGCGCGCCGCUUUCCACCCACCGCGCCUGGGUUGGCUCCUGGAAAGCCUCUCGCGUUGAGGGUGGGGAGGGGGUUUCCUCCCCCCCCCCAGCCUCGAGAUGGAUUCAGUAGGUCGAAGUUGAGGCCGGACUUACUGGCCUGCGUGUGACUCUCCCCGGUAAACAAGUAAACAGACGGGGGCGGAGGGUUGACGUUAGAUUAGGAGCCCGACCCCUUUGAAGGAUGCGGCGCAGAGAGAGGCAGAACUUGCCUCCGUUUUGAGACUUAGGGGAAAGGGCAUUUGUUUCACGCCCUGCUGAACUCGCCCCCUCCCCUCCCCUCCCCCGCAGGCCCAUUGACCCCAGGGACCCAGCCACGGGUGACAGAUCCCCCUUGUAUAAAGGGACAGAGCACAGAUGGCAAGUGGGAAGAGGGAAAGGAUCUCUCUCCUGCAUUUCCAAUGGGAUCCGGAUCGGAUACAGAACUGUACAGGUCACGCAGCCUUUUAAGGCAUGUUACAGUUAUUUCAACUGCCCCCCCACUCCCCCCUUCUCACAAGCUGUUACUAAGGAGUCUCCUUCUUCAGCAUCAGGAAAUCUCUUGGCUACAUGGAUGACUUGGUUUAUUUAAUCUCAGAGUUCUCCCCCCCCACCCCCAAUCCCAUCCCCCCCCCUCCGUGGGUUCCAGAACUCUAGGACUAUUAUCGUUGUUCGAGCCCCGCGCGUCGAAGACUAUUCUGAAGUGGGAGAUGCUCCCGAGGCUGCUUUCAUCAGACCAGUCGCCACCUUCCUGAAUUUGAGGUUUUGAGGUGGCUUAAUUCUACCUUACCUUUGUUAGCACGUUCAUCCAGUGUUAAUGCACUUUCUUCAGUUUUUACAGGAUGUUUCAGCAUAGCCAGGCGGGUUACUCCCCUUCCUCUUUUCGGUUCCCUUCCUUCUCCCCCCACCCUUCCCCCGUUUGCCUUUACAAUAUUCUUAAUUUAUUUGCACGGUUUAUACUUUCUUCUUGACAGCUUGAAAGUGCUUUAAAAUAAACGGUUUUAAAAUGA